UGCGCUAAUAUUUUUGGCCACGUACCCGGGCCACGUCGCGCUCUACUCGCCAUUUUUCUGCUCGGUUGGGAGAAAGCAGCGAUUACUUGAAGGUAGCUGGUGGACACGGCUCACACUCGUGAGUUCCAGGGCAGCGAGACGUCAGAGAAAGCCGACAGAGACGCCCUUGAGGCCACGCUCUUUGAGUAAAAUAUUAAGAUAAAAAGGAGCACCCGGCCUCUGCACUGGUCAGGAGAAGUAUGAACAUUUUCAGGCUCACCGGGGAUCUGUCUCAUUUAGCAGCCAUUAUCAUUCUGCUGCUCAAAAUAUGGAAAACCAGGUCUUGUGCCGGUAUUUCUGGGAAAAGCCAGAUUCUUUUUGCCUUGGUUUUCACCACCCGUUAUCUGGAUCUCUUGACAUCUUUCAUUUCGUUCUACAACACUAUCAUGAAGGUCAUUUACAUCGGUUGCGCAUAUGCCACGGUUUACUUGAUCUACGUCAAGUUCAAGGCCACCUACGAUGGUAACCACGACACCUUCAGAGUGGAGUUUCUGGUGGUCCCAGUUGGGGGUCUUGCUUUCCUGGUCAACCACGACUUCUCUCCUCUUGAGAUUCUGUGGACUUUCUCCAUUUACCUGGAGUCGGUCGCCAUCCUGCCGCAGCUGUUCAUGAUCAGUAAAACCGGAGAGGCAGAAACCAUCACCACGCACUACCUGUUCUUCCUGGGCCUGUACCGCGCGCUCUACCUCAUCAACUGGAUCUGGCGCUUCUACUUUGAGGGCUUCUUUGACAUGAUCGCCAUUGUGGCCGGUGUGGUCCAGACCAUCCUGUAUUGCGACUUCUUCUAUCUCUAUGUAACGAAAGUUCUGAAAGGGAAGAAGCUCAGCUUGCCAGCCUGAAGGCCAAAGAGCAGCGACACGUCGCAGGGCGCCCCCCCCUCCCCCCCCACCACAGGAGGCGCAGGCCACUGCUGCCCACCACCCGAGAGUAAGAUGCCUGAGACAGAGGCUGAAAGGGAACCACUACCGUUUUUUGUAUCUCCUGACAAAUUUAAAACCGCUCCAGAACAAGAGGCCAAACAGUGGUCGUCAUAGCCUUCAAAUCUCUGUUUUAAGCAUCUUGCCUUACUUUUAUAUUACUCUGUAUAAAGGAAAAGUUUUCUACACAUUCAACAUUCUAUUUACAAUUUGACAUGCAGUCCAGUACAUCAAUUUGCAAAAAACAGGUGCAUAAAACGGUUAAGAGGACAUUCUUCAAGUGUAAAAUUUGGUAAAAUGUUUUACCUGUUUUCAAUCAGAAUAAAUGCACAAUUAAAUAAUGAUCUUUGGAUAAGCAUUUUAGAGUAUCUGUACAUCAUGAAAGCUGAAAAACAGAAUCCAGUUUUUUUGUUUUUUAUUAUAAACAUCCUGGUUUGCAUUCGUCAAGUCAAACAAAUCAGUCUGGUUAUGAAGAAAAUGUAUUGGUUCAAAUAAUAGAUUGGCCCUCAUUCUUGUGAAUGAAGAGUGUGGGAGAUCUGUUAUGUGAUGAGAAUCAGACAAACUCAAAAUUGAGACUUUGCACCUUUUUACAGGCUUAAUGUCCCCAUGAGACACAUGAUUAACAGUAUUUAACUGCCUUAUCUCCAAUGUGUGAUUUCUGUGCUGUAAAUAGCUUUCUUUAUGUAACUUUGACAGACCUCUUGCAUAGUUUACCUAAAAUCUGCAUAUCCCACUUUGAUUUCUUUUGAUUUGGUGCUCAUGUUUUUUGAGCAUUCUCCAUCCAAGGUUUCAAAAGUAUACAUCUAAAAGGUGUAAGCAGGUCCAACCUCUGCUACUAGAGCAAUAAAUCUAAGCUGGAGAUUGAAACUUGCAGGAUACUAUAGAGGUGAUAAAAUGGCUUCAAAGCAGUCAUUCAUUUAAAAAAAUGUCCAUAGAAUUGUCUACAUGGUGUGCAUAUUGUUGAGCUCAUAAGUCUUAUUUUUAAUCAAGGAGAUAUGUAUGACGUUCUGGGCAUUUUAAAGAAUUAGAAUUCAGUUUUAUUUUGUUAGAAUCUACAGCCAUUGCUCCCAUUGCCCUCAUUUAUAUCAUUCCAGAUAGUUUUUGUUACUGAGCUUUUGCAUGAUGUUACCCUGUGAUACCACCUCCAAUAAAGAUUUUAUGGAAAAUG